AUGCUGUCCAUCCUGCGCAAGGCGAGGCUCAAGGACAAAGAGCUUCGGAUCUUGAUGCUGGGUCUCGACAAUGCGGGCAAAACCACUAUUGUCAAGAAGAUAAUGGGGGAAGAUAUCAACACAGUCAGCCCCACAUUAGGUUUCAUCAUCAAGACCAUCGACUAUGAAGGCUACAAACUCAACAUUUGGGAUGUUGGCGGCCAAAAGACGCUGCGCUCAUACUGGCGUAACUACUUUGAAAAGACAGACGCCUUGAUCUGGGUUGUCGAUGCCACAGACAGGUUGCGUAUCGAUGACUGCCGCGACGAGCUGCACGGCCUUCUUCAGGAGGAGCGACUGUCAGGCGCAAGCCUGCUGGUGUUUGCGAACAAGACAGAUGUCAGAGGCUGCAUGACUGGCGACGAGCUGUCAGAGGCUCUACGGCUCGGCGAGAUUCGCACACAUCGAUGGAACAUUCUCCAAUGUAGCGCAAUGACCGGGGGGAAUCUCAAGGAAGGCCUGGCUUGGGUUGUCGAGGAUGCGAAGGCCCGCCUCUUCCUGUACUGA